CAAGAUCCCGUUUCUAUAUGUAAGAGAUCACAUAGAAAGGGUAAGAAAUUCCAUUGUGAUCUGUUUAAGUAUGUCUAGCACGGUGUUGGACUACCAUGUCGCAUUUAUCGUGUGAACAUGGUUCCCAGUGACCCUGCUAUGUCGCAUACACCGGCAGAUGAACCAGAUUCCCUCCGCAGAUAUGACGUUAUUUGUCAGAGUGUAUCGCUAACAGUGACCUCGUUGGUCGUUCUGAUGCAAGUAUUGGUGAAAUUUUUGGUGAUUCAUUCCCCAACAAAGGAUGACUAUGCCUGUAUCGUAGCUUGGCUUGGCCUUAUAGCGUACGGCGUUAUCUCUCUGGAAGCCGAUAAGCAUGGUAGUGGCGUUCACCAGGAAUAUGUAGCGCACGAUGACCUUCGGAGAUACACACAGCCAACUUUUCCCAAAUUCUAUACGGCCCUCUUAUUUUCCUGGCAAAGCUAUCUAUACUACUACUAUAUCUCCGAAUCUUUGCCCCACUACCUAGAAGCAAGACUUCUAUCAUUAUAUACAUUCUAAUCUGGCUCAAUUCACUCUAUUAUGCAAUAUAUACCAUUACGGUUAUUUUGGCCUGUAUACCAAGAGCGAAAAUCUGGCAACCCGAAGUCCCUGGUCACUGUCUAAACAUUAACGCAGUGAUACUAAGCAAUGCCGUGAUCAACACACUCUCAGA